CGUGCGUCUCCUUCUAGUUAGGCCCCACCCCCGGCCCCUCCUCCCUAACGGCUGUUUGUUUUUGCACACGGCACGUGGGGGCGGGGUCUCCAACCUCAACGCGGACGCGCCUGUGCGCAGGACGGGGCGGGCCACGCGCCGCUCUCCGCCUAUGUCCGCGGCGGAGUCUGACGAACGGAGGGACGGACCAGUGAGGGCAGAAAGCUCGCGGAAGUCAGCCAAUGAGAACAUUGCCCGCGAGUAAGGGUGGUGGGUCUCCAGGAACGACAGCAGGACUCGCCAAUGCGAUGAGACUGGAGGCGGUGGAGGUUUUCCCGCGCGUUCGCGGCUCUGUUUCUCUGGCUUCUCAGAACUGUUUGGGAGAGAGCGGCCGUAGCGUCGUUUCUCCCCGCGGGUCUUCCGACCCCAGGCUCGUUAGUGCAGCGGUACUCGCGUGGCAGAGGGCGCUGACGCCAGGCCGGCUGCUCUUCGGGCCGCCUUCCCGCCGGCGUCAGGACAGCUGUGGGGACGCCGGGCGGAAGGCAGGGGCGCUCGGAAGCGGCCGCUGCGGCGCUGGGAGACGGCCGGAGGGCGGGCGUGUCUGUCUGCUCACGGUCCCCCCGGGCCGACCGGGCGCUGGCUCCUCGGGUCGCGUCCCACCCGCUGCGGCCGCGAGCCGACCCGUGUUUUCACGGUGCUUCUCCCGGACGGUCGGGAGCGGGGCCCACCUCCCACGCGGGGGUCUCCAGGCUGACAUUUUAGAAGUGUCGCCAAGUGUGAGUGACCUUGUGGCGGGAGGAGAGGUAACGAGUCGGAGGAGACGAGGGCCGAGGGGAGGAGGGAGGUCGGGGCGUCGGGGGCGUGGAGCGAAAUCCGGAGGGAGACCGAGGGGGUAGCGGACCGCGGCGGAGCCCGGGCUCGCGCGCGCCUGCUGUCGCGCCGGUGGCCUCGGCGCGGCGGUCUGAGCGACCCGCCGGGACGUCCCCGUGGGCGGCCCCGCGCGUGUGCAGGUGACGGCAGCGGAGGGGAUGCGGGGGGCGGGGCUCGUGUCCGCGGCUGCUGUCGGCGCGGCCAGACCCAUCCCACGGCGGGCGCUCACUCGCCCGAGCCCGCGUUCGCUGAGCCUUCGCCCGCUCGGGCUUCUGCCCUCGCAGGAACCGAGCCCCUCUCGGUUGCCCGCCCCCUUCCCCGCGUCCUCCCCGGCGUCCUCCCUGCUCCCCGGCGGGGCCACGGCGGCCCUCCUCGGACAGGAGCCCAAUGCCCCUCAGCGUGUCCUCGCAGACCAGAGGGGGAGCCACACUUGGUUUUUAAGGCGCCGGGACGGGCUGGAGUCCGCACCGCUUCCCCCUCGAGGUGGGGCCUGCAUGGGCGAGCGCUCCGUGUCCCCGGGCCGCCUGGCCGGACACCUGUCCACUGGAACAAGCAGCGCCUGGCGACAGGUUUCCGCGACGCGCAGAGAGCUCGCUCGGCCCCGCGCGGCAGGCGGUCCGGAGCCGCUUCACCGGCGUGUGUGUCUAGGCACGGAGAGCCGGGCUGAAGCCCGCAGAAUGAAGAAGCGCGGGUGGAAGUUUCCUGGCCUCUGCAAGCAGAACCGGCCUGCUGACCACGUGUGUUGGCGAGAAGGGUCUAGUCUGCAGCCAGCCGGCUUUCCAAGAAGGCGGCGUGAGCUCCGCAGAGGCACCGUCUAGCGGGCGGGGUGUGGGCAUGAGCGCUCGUGCGCGGCGCGCUGCCGCGAACUAACAGUGAGUGCGCGCUCCCUGGCCCAGCAGCCUCAGCCUCGCCCCGGACCGCUUAGAGGUGCGGAUUCCGACCCCAGACCCAGCCUGCGGGGUCGGGAGGCCGCAGGCGCGCUCGAGUCCGAGAACCGCUGGGACGGUGCAGGCCGAGCUGCGUGGUUCUGAAGACCGGUUCCGCACAGAGGCAGUGAGAUCUCCGAGCGGCGCGUGCUGACUGAUGGCCGCUCAGCGCUGCCUUCCCAACAAUCGUGCCUGGCCCAGAGGAGCCGCCUUGUCCGUGGUCACACCCUUUUCGGGGGCCGGGGCCUCCAGUGACCGACUGCUGCGUCCUUUGCCUUGACCUGGGGCAAAUGAAGGGCCCUUCCGGCUCCAGCUGUUCCCGUGUGACCCUGCGUCGCAGUCCAGUCCCCCCACGUAGUUCUGCUUCCCUCACCGCCUCAGUCGUGUUGCCAAGGGCACGGUACACUUCUGGAAGGCAGUCCCUGUGCUAGAGCCUGUUUCCUGGGAACCGACCUCCGGCAAGUUUAGAGUGAGCAGUGUAUUCACACGCACAAAAUGCGGAAGGAACAAAGCACUUCCAUUUACAGUAGCAUUUAGAGAACAAAGUGCUUGGGAAGAAUUUCAGAAAAGAAUCGCAAGACUCAGACUCUUAGAACCACUAAACAUUCUUUUUUGUGUGUGAGAUUUUUAAAUUUAUUUUUAGAGGGGAAGGGAGAGAGAGAGAGGGAGAGAAACAUCAAUGUUUGGUUGCCU